CAAGGAAACGGUUAGAGGAAGCUGUUUAUACGUGUUGUGAGGAGGUGGCUGUGGGCCUGCCAUCUUUCGUCUAGCAAAACUACCAUCCUGAUGAAAAUCCAGCCUUUUGAAGCACUGUUCCUGUUCUGGAACACAUUGAUUCAGUUAUUGUUCGUUCUGUUCUCACUGACUGGACUUUUCUCUCAGUUCUUGUAGCCUGAGACAACCUUCAUCCUCCAAAGCCCGACUCUGGUAAUGGCUGUGCUUAUGUUCAGGAGGCUGUGGCUCAGCGGUCUGGAGCACACUGCAUUUUAGACUAGAGGACGGAGACAGGGCUUCCUAGGUGCCAGGGAUGGUUAAGUGCUUUGCAUUGUAUUAAUACCUCAGUCCUCUUCACCUUACAAGACAGUACUGUCUUUGUCCUUUCUUUGCAGAUGAGGAAAAUCAAGGCACAGGAAGACUAAAUAACUUGCUCAAGGUCGCAAAGUUAGGAGACAGGAGCUGGGACAUCACCCCAGCCAGUCUGACCCCGAGCCCAUGCUGGUUACUACCCCAAUUGCAUGUGAGACCUUGAGCUGAAUGGUUUCUAGGUGCAGAAAUCACACCUGUUUUCACAGAGCUUGGUGCCCAGAGCAUCAUGAAUGUCAGUGACCUCAAACUCAGGUUGUCCAAAGCUGGACAGGAGCACCUGCUACAGUUCUGGGAUGAGCUGGACAAAGCCCAGCAGGUAGAACUAUAUUCAGAGCUCCAGGCCAUGAACUUUGAGGAGCUGAACAUCUUUUUCCAAAAGGCCACUGAAGGAUUUAACCAGUCCUCCCAGCAAGAGAAGGUGGAUGCGCGGAUGGAAGCUGUGCCCCGGGAGGUGCUGGGCAGUGCUACUAGGGAUCAAGACCAGCUCCAGGCCUGGGAGAGUGAAGGCCUUCUCCAGAUUUCUCAGAGCAAAGUGGCAGUUCUUCUUCUAGCUGGUGGGCAGGGGACACGGCUCGGUGUUGCAUACCCCAAGGGGAUGUAUGAUGUUGGCUUGCCAUCGCAUAAGACCCUUUUCCAGAUUCAAGCGGAGCGAAUCCUGAAGCUUCAGCAGUUAGCUGAGAAAUGCUAUGGCAACAAAUGCACCAUUCCGUGGUAUAUCAUGACCAGCGGCAGGACAGUGGCACCCACGGAGGAGUUCUUCACCAGGCACAGGUACUUCGGCCUGAAGAAGGAGAAUGUCGUCUUCUUCCAACAGGGGAUGCUGCCGGCCAUGACUUUUGAUGGGAAGAUUGUUUUGGAAGAGAAGGGCAGGGUCUCUAUGGCUCCAGAUGGGAACGGUGGUCUUUAUCGGGCUCUGGCCGCCCAGAACAUUGUGGGGGACAUGGAGCGAAGAGGCAUUUGGAGCGUGCAUGUCUACUGCGUCGACAACAUCUUGGUGAGAGUGGCAGACCCGCGGUUCAUUGGAUUCUGCAUUCAGAAGGGAGCAGACUGUGGUGCAAAGGUGGUGGAGAAGACGAACCCGACGGAGCCUGUGGGCGUGGUGUGCCGUGUGGACGGGGCCUACCGGGUGGUGGAGUACAGCGAGGUCUCCCUGGCCACCGCACAGAGGCGCGGCCCGGACGGCCGUCUGCUGUUCAGCGCGGGGAACAUUGCCAACCACUUCUUCACCGUGCCGUUCCUGAGAGAUGUUGUUGAUGUUUACGAGCCUCAGCUGCAGCACCACGUGGCUCAGAAGAAGAUUCCGUAUGUGGACUCCCAGGGGCAGAUCAUCAAGCCUGACAAGCCAAAUGGAAUAAAGAUGGAAAAAUUCGUCUUUGACAUCUUCCAGUUUGCAAAGAAGUUUGUGGUGUAUGAGGUGUUACGGGAAGAUGAGUUCUCCCCUCUGAAGAACGCUGACAGUCAGAAUGGCAAGGACAACCCGACCACGGCCCGGCACGCUCUCCUGUCCCUUCAUCACUGUUGGGUGCUCAACGCUGGGGGCCACUUCAUUGAUGAGAACGGCUCCCGCCUGCCUGCCAUUCCCCGCACUGCUGCGAGCGGACAGUCAGAGGCCGUCACAGCCGAUGUCAAUGACAACCUAAAGGACGCCAACGAUGUCCCGAUCCAGUGCGAAAUCUCCCCCCUCGUCUCCUACGCUGGCGAAGGACUGGAAAGUUACGUGGCCAACAGGGAAUUCCACGCACCUUUGAUCAUCGAUGAGCGUGGGGUCCACGAGCUGGUGAAAAACGGGGUGUGAGGCAGGCGCUGUCCUCACAGUAAGAGCAGCUUCUCUUGAUGGGCGGACUGGGACCUGUAGGACCCACAGGUCUGCUUGGCGAACCCUUGGUAGCUGCUGCACAUUCCCUGGGAUCCAGAGGACUGGACUUCAGAGCAGUUAUGUUCUCAGCUCACUGUCUUAUUUAUAUUUUUCAAUUGUAUAAUUUUUCCCAAGCCCUGGAGACCGUUGCCAUCUGCAGCUUGUCUGGUUGGCAUGUGGCACCCUCCUCGGGCCUGGGAGUGUCUCUCCUCACAGUUGUACAUGGUAAUAACAUGCCUUGUUCAUGCCGAGAGGUAUCUGUGAUACUGAGAGCUUGAUUUAUUUUAUCAAAAAGUAAACUUUUUAAGAAAGUAAUUUAAAAGGAAAAUAAACUUUUCUUUUAGUCUCUGGAGUGUCAUUUGUACCUUGA